AUGUGCAUUGUAAUGGAAGGCUAUGAUGCCAUCCUGAUCCACAACUUCUUCGCUUACCCGGCCUUUGCUCAGAAAUUUGGCCACUUCGACGACACCACGGCUACAUUUCAGUUAUCAGCGGCCUGGCAAGUAGCAUUGAGCAAUGCUGUGGGAGUAGGAUCAUUUUUGGGCACCAUUGCAAAUGGAUAUCUUGUACCUUGGUAUGGACCGAGGAAGAUAUUUUUGGGCGCAUUACUGGUAUUAGUUUCUUUCAUUGCGAUCACAUUUGCAGCCCCAAAUGUCUGGGUGCUGUGUGUCGGCGAGUUUUUGUGCGGAAUACCGUGGGGUAUGUUUGCAACUAUGGCGCCGGCAUAUGCAUCCGAAGUACUGCCACUAUGUCUAAGGGUUUAUCUGACAACCUUUACGAAUAUGUGCUUUAUUCUAGGCCAAUUGGUUGCAGCUGGCGUCUUGCAAGGACUACUCAGGAUCGAUGGACCUUGGUCAUAUCGCACAGCCUUUGCCUUGCAGUGGGUAUGGCCUAUCAUUCUACUUCCGGUACUCUUUUUUAUGCCUGAAUCGCCGUGGCAUUUGGUACGGACGGGCCAUCUCGAGGCAGCAGAAAAAUCCCUUGCACGACUACAAUCGAAGCAUGCAACUUCUGACGUGAAAGAAACCCUUGCAAUGAUUGUUUCAACCAAUGAUGCAGAGGAAAGAGUAUCUAGGGGCACUUCAUAUUAUGAUUGCUUCCGUGGUAUUGAACUCCGGCGCACAGAAAUAGCGUGCAUGACUUUUGUCGGGCAGGUGCUUUCGGGAAUCUCGUUUGCAUACAACUCGACCUAUUUCUUUCAGCAAAUCGGACUCCAGACGUCCAAUGCUUAUAAACUGAAUGUAGGAGGAAUAGGGAUUGCAUUACUUGGGACCGUCAUCUCCUGGUUUUGCAUUAUGCCAUAUGUUGGACGGCGCCGAGUGUACCUUUGUGGCAUGGUCACCUUAUCGAUGAUUCUACUUCUAAUUGGCCUCCUCAGUAUAAAAAGUUCAAGUGACACGAUAGUUAUCGGACAAAUAGCCCUAGUUUUCCUGUGGACAUUUACUUUUCAGUUAUCUGUUGGUCAGCUUGGCUGGGCUAUUCCGGCGGAAAUUGGCUCUACGAGGCUACGGCAAAAGACCAUUUGCCUAGCGCGUACCUCUUACUACCUCAUCGACAUACUCGCCAAGACUAUUGAGCCAUACUUGAUAAAUCCAACAAAGUGGAAUCUCAAGGGCUUUACGGGGCUUUUUUGGUUUGGAACCGCACUUAUCGCUGCGACGUGGACCUUCUUUCGGCUACCAGAAACCAAAGGUCGCAGCUUUGAGGAGCUCGAUAAUCUAUUCGAGCGAAAGGUUCCGACGAGAAAAUUCGCCUCUUAUAAAAUUGAGAGGUCGACAAGUAGUGGUGAGCCUGAACCGGGAGUUCUAUAA